CUGCCAGCUGUCAAAGAGGCAUCCUGGGCUCUGGGAGCGGGAGCAGCCCUAUGUGUCCCUAAGCUGAGAGAACCCCCUGACUCCGCUCGCCAUGAAUACCGAGGAGCAGUAUUACGCCUCGGCGCAGCUCUACAAGGAGUCGUGCGCGUUUCAAAGAGCUCAGGCGCAGGACUACAACCCCAGCCCCCCCGCCUGCCUGUACAUGGGCAGGCAGCAACAGACUCCUUAUCCCAGCGCCUUAGGGGCUCUCGAGCAAGGCAGCCCGCCAGACAUUUCACCUUACGAGGUGCCCCCCAUCACUGAGGAUGCCGGGGUCUCCCACCUUCAUCACCAUCACCACCAUGCUCAUCUUCCUCCUCCCCACCAGGACGCGUUGCCUUUCUCAGACGGGGCGGACACGGGGGCUGUAGAGGAGCCCCGAGUGCAGGUGCCUUUCGCCUGGAUGAAGUCCACCAAAUCUCACGCCUGGAAGGGACAGUGGACCGGGGGGUCCUGUGUAGUCGAACCGGAGGAGAACAAGAGGACGAGGACGGCGUACACGCGGGCACAGCUGCUGGAGCUGGAGAAGGAGUUUCUCUUCAACAAGUAUAUCUCCAGGCCGCGGCGGGUGGAGCUGGCUGUCAUGUUGAACUUGACCGAAAGGCACAUCAAGAUCUGGUUCCAGAACAGGCGGAUGAAGUGGAAGAAGGAAGAGGACAAAAAGCGCGGGGCGGGCAACAGCAAUGACCCCGAGCAAGACUGCGUGGUGACCUCCGGAGAGCUCCAGAACAAGGAGGAUCUCCAGCCGUGCCCCGCCGGGAACCUGACCUCGGGGGCCUCCAGGGACCUUCUCGCCCCCAGCCUAGCACCCAGAAGACAGCAGGACUCUCGAUGAGGCGGGGGGAGCCCCACGCCCCGGGACGAGGAAAAGGAUGGAAUAGGGGAAAGAGCCGUGAGGCUGGCACAGGCUUCCCGCCGCCCCGCCAUGCCGUGCCGAUGCUCUCCCGCCUUCCCCCGGGGAAUCUCUGCCUCCACUCCGACGCUCGCGUCCUCCAAAAACGAAAUGUUCAGCUGUAACAAAGAGGGGCUCACUGUGGGCCGCAGGGCCGGAGUAGGCCGCAGGGAGCCGCCGAGAUGGCGGCGAGCUGUGCCCCGCUCCCCCGAGCAACCCGCACCGCAACGAGCCCUACGGGGCAGCUUCCCCUGGGGAAGGUGGGUUUCGGGUGGUCACCGACUGUGUGUGCAACCCUGGGUGCACGGAGCGGUCUGGGAAGCGGAGGAGAAACGAGAGCACGCCGCCUUACCCCGAACGGCUGCCCGGUCGGGGCGCGCGUCCCGCCGUGUCCGUCGGUUCACAAGCGCGGACGUGGAGCAGAGCAUCCCGGACCAUCCACGGGCUGGCACGCCGCCGUCCCCGUCCCUUCCAGUGGCACCAGGGCAUCGGCUCUACCGAGGACUCCUCGGGACUUUUACUUACUCCUUUGGAAACUGGAAUCUGGUUUCUUUCGUUCUCUUUUGUCUUUGGGAAAGAAAGGGGCGGGGGGUGUGCGGGGGAAGAAAGAAAAAAAAAAAAAAGGAGAGAAAAAGUUUAAAUAUUAAAAAAAAAAAAAAAAAAGCCUUCGUAUCCUGCGGGCAGGAUUUGACUACACCGAUGAUCUGUUCCCAAUGACGGGCAUAGGCAACCAGACCCUCCUCCGGGCUUCGCCAGCGGCUCUAGGGACUCUGCGCUGGCUGCCCGCGGCUCCGUGACCGUCUGGGCUCCGCGGGGGGCUCCGCGGUGCGCGAGGCUGCACUCGCCUCCUCGAGGGGCGAAUGCGAGCCCAGAGAUGCAAAAGAAAAUUCGCUGGUAAUCUCCGGGAAACGAACAGAGGUAGAUCGGGCUGCGAGCCGAGAGCGCGGGACGUAUGUGGGGGGCUAGGGCUGGUCCCAGGUACAUUGUUCUUUGGGGAAAAGCUCUUGCCUCUCUUCCAACCCUUCUGCAAGUUCGGAUUCUGCCUUAGAGAGGAGAAACCGCCCUGCAGCACAAACUCCUGUCCCAGCUCGGCUCUGCAGACGCGACUUUACACGCCAGCAGAGGCUGGGGGCCCUCUGUCUCCCGAGGCACUGCAGAGCACCGAAGACUUUUCCUGGGUCUUAUUUUU